UCGGUAAAAACGGAAUUCUUAUUCGCCGGGUUUUUACAAUCGAAUGGUUCGCGAUGAACUCGAAGCGCAACGGUGAAAACGGGUCUGGCAGAAUCAACCAAGCAUCGGUACCGACACCAGCAAACAGCUCACCAGCAAGUGCUUCCCACCGUAAGCAAACUAUAAUAAACAAAGGAGACAAAACUGAGUGCAUGCGGGACAAAAACAUGUCCAUCUCCACGCUCCGAACCCGCCUCGGUCCGACCAUCCGGUCCACUCUGUCCGCAGCCGUGGACACCCUGCUGGGAGAGAUCGUGGCCGUGCUGUCCGAAACCCAGCGGGAGCUGUUGACCAAAGAGCAAGAAAACGAAAAACUAAAGAUUCGACUCGAAGUUUCAGAGAGAGAACUCAAAACGUUGCAAGAGUGUCUUUGUAGCGCCCAGAAAUUAAUUGACCAACUUCAGGGUCCCUUUGGUAAUCCGCCCAUGACGGGUCAUCACGCAUACACCACAGGGGGACCGUUAAACUCGAACCGGUUGACUCACCGAACUGGACACGAGGCGGAUCCGCGCUGUUUUGCUGGAGGUGAACCGGAGUUGAGUGGAGCUCUGGGUGAUGCCAUACACGGCUUUGACUCCAGGGAGGAGUUCAAGACCUGCCACCUCUCCAUUCAGGCAGAUGGGACGGUGACGAACAGUUUUUAUGACCCCAUAUCGGUCCAUUCAUCUAAUAUCUGUUCAGACAUGAACCGAACUGGUGAGAUGGUGGAUGACAGCAGGCGUUUGUCACACACUAGACCCCCAAACCCCUCCUCGCACACUACUUUCUCUAUUAAAGAAGAACAGGGUCCUGCAUCUGUGCAGAUGUGUGUGCGAGCAAGAGAUCCGCCAACUGAAACUGAGCACUCCGCACAGAGUUCAUGUGAUCUGGUGUUCCCCCAUGUACCCGAGGAAGAAGGCGGUUCCCAUUCACAUAGUCAUCCUUCCAAACCUACACCACCACCUCCGUCCAGGCCUCACAAUGGACCUUCUUCCAGUAAUUCAUCUCCGCAGGGGACCUCUGGGCUUAGAUCCGCUCAGAGAGAUGCUGCCGGUUUGGGUGUGUCAUCCAGGAGGAGUCCUGGGGUGGACGGUUCAUCUCCGGAGGAGCCCCCGCGACGUUCCAUCUCUGAGCUGAUGGGGGAAGUGCCCGGGGACCGGCCUCAUCUGUGUUUGGAGUGCGGAAAGACGUUCCGUCUCAUCUCCAGCCUGAAAAAGCAUCUGAGGAUCCACACGGGGGAGAAACCGUACCCGUGCACUGUGUGUGGGCGGCGUUUCCGUGAGUCAGGGGCCCUUAAGACCCACCUCCGCAUCCACACUGGUGAAAAACCAUAUUCCUGCUCUGAGUGUGGGACACAGUUUCGGCAUCUAGAUGGCCUGAGAAAGCACCGGCGCACGCACACUGGCGAAAAACCUUAUGUUUGCAGUGUAUGCGGGAAGCGUCUUAGCCGGCUGCAGCAUCUGAAACACCACCAGCGCAUACACACGGGAGAGCGGCCGUGUUGCUGCCCGCUCUGCCAUCGUGGCUUUAAAGAUCCAGCCAGCUUGAGAAAACACCUCCGUGCCCAUCAAGGGGAGCCUGGAGCAGAUGAAGCCCUGGGCAUGGUCGGCCUCGAAGAGGGGGAUGCAGCUAUGGAUGAUGAGGAUAUGAGAUUUGGGAUGUGGGGGGAGGAGGAAGGGAAUGAGGGAGAGCCUGUGGUGGACUGUGUGUAGUUGUGAAAAAACAUGGAGUUACAGAUAAUAAGCAAACACAAACUGCGUAAUAUAAACUAAGAUUUUGGUUUUGCAUCAAAGGAAGUCCUUUAGACUGUAGAUGAGGUUUUUCCUUGUGUGGGGUUGAGCGUGUGGCACAGGUUGCGCCUUGUCUUGGGCCAAAAAACAAAAACUUUCAUUUAAAAGAUGGACUUCAAUACUUAUAAUGGCAAACUUUCAAAAAAAUGAUUAUAAUACUUCAAUGUGAUUAUUGAAUAUAUCCACUUACUUUAUGUAUACGUUAUAUCACAACACAUAGGCCUGGACAGUACCACUGCAAAUCUAGCAGCCUUAUACUUUUAUGUGUUUUUCUUACACAGAAUACUGUGAUUUAGUGCAGGAGAUUGUUAUACUCCAGUGAGACUAACAGGGUAUUAUAUGAUCUGUCGCUCACAUAUUAUAAGUGUUGUCAUUGGUGUAAUAAUGAUUUUAUUGUAGCUUAUUGUCCUAUGCCUGUUAGAUAAAGAGCUAUGAUGGAUGUGUUCUAAAAUGAACACAUUAACGCCUUAAUAAUGGUUUUAUUGCACAGACUGACACACUGAUGUACAUAAAAAUAAUGGAAUUAUGCUAUGUAGUAUUGUUUUAAUGAACACACGUUAGGUUUUUGACACUUUAUUUUUUUUAAGUGUGUUUGCAAUUUUAAUGGUAAUUUUGGAAAUAUUUAGAAGACUGUAAUGUGUGUAAAUUAACUGUUCAGUUUAGCAAUCUAUUGUUACAUAGAUUAUUAUGAAAAAAAGUUCCUCGAUGUAUGACAUGCAAGCACAAAAAUCAAGAACGCUUCAGAGAAGUGGAUCCCUCUAGUGCGAGAUAGAGGGAAGGACUGUUAUGUUUAUCAGAGUUUGGAGUUCUUUGGUGUCCUCCAAAGAUGGAGAAGCUGUUUCUGUAGUGGCCAAACACACAUAGUGUUUUUUUUUUAACUCAAGUUACCCCACUAAAAACUAAUUUUUUAUCUUGUAAAAAGCCAUUUUGUACAUUGAAGUUGUACUGUAUAUUCUGUACAUGAAACUGCAAGAAAAUUGCUAGCCAGAAACGUCUGUGCGUAAAUGAUUCGGAAGAAGUGCUUUUAUAACAAUUUAUUUAGUUCAUUCUGUUUAAAUACUACAUUUGUUUGUUUGAUGUUGAACUUUUAAAUGUUGCAUUUUAAAGGUUGUAUUACUUCUAUAGUAGAGUUCAGCAAACAUUUAUUGUAGUCAAAAACACAAUAACAUCAUACUUCAUAAAUGUGUGGAACAGUUAAAAUGGUAUGUCUAAUAAAGUUUGUAAGGUAUUAAAAUCAAUGUUUUGUGCUAGUAUUAAGCCAGAGUUAUGGAAUAAUCUGCAACAUUUUAUUUUACUAUAAAUAUCGAGGCAGGUAAUAAUUGUUCAAUGUUAAGUUGCAUCUUACAUUUUUUUGGGGAGGUUUCCAGAACAGGGUUUAGGUCUAGUCCCCAACUAAAAUGCAUGUGUGGAUAGAUAGAUAGAUAGAUAGAUAGAUAGAUAUAGAGAUAUAGAUAUAGAUAGAUAUAUAGAUAUAGAUACAUAUAUCCAUAUUUUGUACGGGGAAAAAAAAACAUUUAAACUGUGCUAGAUAACUAGUAACUAUGAUAUUAUAAAGACACCAGAUUGUUUACCAACUUAAAUAAUCAACUACUUAGUAGACUUUAAAGAUUUUUGCUUUGUGUUUUUUCUGUUGAAAUUUUCUGGGGACCCUGUAGAACUUUCUGGACACAGUUUGAAAACCCCUGCAUUAUAGUACCACCCCACCCACACAAAAGAUAGUUUUGUACAAUUUCAUUAUGUCGAAAGUACAAUUUUCAUUAUAUCGAAAAAGGCAGCCAGGAUAUUACUUUGUAUUACAGAUAUUCAGAUAUUACAGGAUAUUAAGGGGUUGUGUGAGCAUCUAGCAGGAUUGCUCAGUCCACCGCUCACCCCUCCCUUUCGAAAACAUAGAGAUGCUACAGUAGCCACCACAGGACAAACAUGUCAUCGUCUAAGACAACAUCGUGAUGAAACGCACUCUGUAAAGUAGUUUAUUCAUUUUUUACGGUAGAAACAUGGCAGCCCACAAUGGCGACUUCCAUGUAAGGGUGGCCGGUCAUGUA